UUUCAUUUUCUUUUCAGUAUUCAAAACAAUUUAAAUAAAAUAAUGUCGUCAACUUUGUUUAUUUACUUGCUGAUAGCCUCUAUAAAUAUGAGCCUCAUAAUUUUUAGUUUGGCAAACCUUCAACAAUCUUCCAAGAUUGCGUCGCAAGUGCUUAUAAUAUCACUGAUGUUGGAAGCGUUUUACUACUAUUGGCAUGGACAUAAAGUUAUGCAUCAGAGCCAGUGUGUAAGCGCGGCGGUGUACGACUCUGCCUGGGUGGACAAGAGCCCUAGAGUCCGUCGCCUAGUCUACAUCAUGUCCUCGACGGUCAACAGGAAACUAGUUUAUAAAGCCGGCCCGUUCAAUGAAGUUAACGUUACAACUUAUAUCCAGAUCUUGAAAGUGACCGUUAGCUUUUACAAAUUAAUGUGUGACACAAACGUGUACAGAUCCUAGUAUGCAGCUCCCCAAAAAAUUACAGGUUAAGGUACUAGGCGGCAUCAACAACGCCAGCGGGUGGACCGGGCAGCCACAGCCCUUUGUAGUUACACUAAUUUAUGUUUGGACAAUAAAGAAUUAAAUAAUAAUAAAUAUUCUCAUUACCUACAGUACAGGUAACCUACCUUUCAUCCCUAAUGGGAAAGCCGACUAGCCGAGUAAAUCCGGAACAAUGGGAGAUUUGUCACCAUAGACAACAACCAUAGACAAACACCGAUUAUAGAUGGCGCUAGUAAAGCUUCAUAAUACUCAACAGCACUGCAUAUAUUUUUUUAGCCGUCAUGGAUUCCAGUCCUUUCAGCCAAUACAAAAACCCAAUGGAUAUGAGUUCAACCAUAUGCAAUAACUAGCUGUUAUAUUAUGCAUAAUAUCCGGAAAUCCUAGGAAAAUCUACCUACCAUAGACAAGGCGACGACGACACGACGACGCGGGGAUAUGCUGAAGCUGAGGCAUUCAUGACACCCUACUUCUCGUCAUAAUGAAGGAGGGCACAAGACUGGCAAAAAAAAGAGUUGAAAGUCAAAAAGGAACAUUUUAUUAGAAAAUAUAAGACUAACUUUUGAUUAUUUUGUCUGAUUGUUAAGUACUUAAAAAGGUACAAAAAAAAUCUAAUCUAUAUCACUAUAUUGUAAAAAACAAUGACUAAUAUCUAAUAAUCAUCCUCUAAUAAUCUAUUUUUAACCGUGGUCGCUUGUCAGGCACGCCAUCUAACGGCUUAUCUUACAAAAACUCAACUGGCAGCUGUCAAGGAAAACUGAAGACUUUCGAAUCCAUAAAGUAUAAAAGUGUUCGAUAGGCACAAAUGUCGAUACGUGACUCGUGAUUCCAAAAUAACUACUACUACC